UCUGAGAGUGAUGAAUGAGAGCCAAACACAUGUUUCUUUCUUGUUGUUGUCUUCUUUACCAUUACAGUCGCAUUAUAAAGGUUCGAGACACUUGGUUGUGUGUGACUCAGCUUCUCCCUCCUUUGCCUGUGUGUGCUCGUGCCGUAGAGUCUCCACCCCUGAUGGAGCGGGCAAAUCUCGCGAGACCGCCUCCUCUCGCGAUGUCGCCCAGCAUCCCGCCCCGCUGCAGAGCGCGUAUAAAGCGGCGAGGCUCGCGGGCACCAGAGGAGGAGUUGCGGCAAGGUCGCGCAGCAUCACGGCGUAAAUUAGCCACUCGUCUGUGUCUCUGGAGUCCUCGUGAGCGCACACACCGGGCUGCGCGUCGGGUAUUUCCUCGAGCGCGGUCAACUUGCCAGGAGUUGUUGACUGGACGAGCCGCUGAUCUCCAUUUGCGUCCGCAUGUGCGCUAUUUUAGUCUUCCUGCAGCAUCAGUCACAACUAUCGGCUCCUUUGCACUUUUGCCGGACACUAUCAGCUCUGAGAAGGCUUUUCUGACUCGUCAUGUCGGCGUCCCCUCCGCCUCCCGCCGCCGCGAGCGACCAUCUCUCCGAGCCCGAGCCCGCCGGACCGACGCCGAGCCAGAGCCGCUUCCAGGUGGACCUGGUGUCCGAGUCCGCUGGAGACGGCCAAACAGCGGUGGCCUCCGACUCCUACCCGCCCGGGUACGCCGCCGUGCCGCCGUCCGACGGGCUCCGGGACUCCGUGGCUGGCGGCGAGGAAGCCAAGGGCCGGUUUCGGGUCGUGAACUUCGCGGCCUCGAGUCCGGACUCGGCGCCGGCGGACUGCGCGCAGAACGGGGACACGGUGAUGAGCGAGGGCAGCCUGCACUCGUCCAGCGGCGGCCAGCAGCACCAUCACUACGACACCCACACCAACACCUACUACCUCCGCACCUUCGGACACAACACCAUCGACGCCGUGCCCAACAUCGACUUCUACCGGCAGACCGCCGCGCCGCUGGGCGAGAAGCUCAUCAGACCCACCCUCUCGGAGCUGCACGACGAGCUGGACAAGGAGCCGUUCGAGGAUGGCUUUGCUAACGGCGAGGAGCUGACUCCUGCUGAGGAGGCCGCAGCUAAAGAAGCCUCCGAGUCUAAAGGAGUGGUGAAGUUCGGCUGGAUCAAAGGAGUGCUGGUGCGCUGCAUGUUAAACAUAUGGGGCGUGAUGCUCUUCAUUCGAAUGACAUGGAUCGUGGGCCAGGCUGGAAUUGCGUAUUCCUGCAUCAUUGUUAUUAUGGCAACUGUUGUGACUACCAUCACGGGCUGCUCGACCUCAGCGAUCGCCACCAAUGGCUUUGUACGAGGAGGUGGAGCGUAUUACUUAAUAUCUCGAAGUUUGGGCCCAGAGUUCGGCGGCUCCAUUGGUCUGAUUUUUGCCUUUGCCAACGCUGUGGCCGUGGCCAUGUACGUCGUGGGCUUUGCAGAAACUGUAGUUGAGCUGCUCAUGAAUUCUGGUGCGCUCAUGUUCGAUGAGAUUAAUGACGUCAGGAUCAUUGGGACCAUUACGGUCAUCCUGCUUCUCGGCAUCUCAGUGGCUGGAAUGGAGUGGGAGGCCAAGGCUCAAAUAUUCCUCUUGGUCAUUUUGAUUAUUGCCAUCUUCAACUACUUCAUUGGGACCUUCAUUCCUGUUGAGUCCAAGGAGAAAUUUGGCUUCUUCGGCUAUGACGUGGGCAUCUUGGCGGAAAACUUUGGCCCAGACUUUCGAGGGCAGACGUUUUUCUCCGUUUUUUCCAUCUUCUUCCCGGCUGCCACAGGCAUUUUGGCUGGUGCCAACAUCUCAGGAGAUCUAGCAGACCCUCAAAUGGCCAUCCCUAAAGGAACGCUGCUGGCUAUUCUCAUAACGGGACUCGUGUACAUGGGUGUGGCCAUUUCCGCAGGUGCUUGCAUCGUGCGGGAUGCUACAGGAAUCGAGAGUAACAUGACUCUCAGUGGUUCAAACUGCACUGAUGCGGCCUGUAAGCUCGGCUACAACUUCACUUCCUGCGGACCUGUUGAAGGAGGGAAGUCUGCCUGCAAGUUCGGCCUCCACAAUGAUUUCCAGGUCAUGAGUGUGGUGUCAGGUUUCGGGCCCCUCAUCACGGCGGGCAUCUUCUCUGCGACCCUCUCCUCUGCCCUGGCUUCUCUCGUCAGCGCCCCCAAAGUCUUCCAGGCUUUAUGCAAAGACAAUAUCUACCCUGGAAUUGCAUUUUUUGGGAAGGGCUACGGCAAGAACAACGAGCCCCUGCGAGGAUAUUUGCUCACCUUUGGCAUUGCCUUGGCCUUCAUUGUCAUUGCGGAGUUGAAUGUCAUCGCCCCGAUCAUUUCCAAUUUCUUCCUGGCCUCAUACGCUCUCAUCAACUUCUCGGUGUUUCACGCGUCGCUGGCCAAUUCCCCUGGUAAGACGUUCCUCCACUGUACGGUUGGGGUGAAUUCAUUCUGUAGACAAGCUGGGUCACGUCUCCACAGAGAGCUCAAAUAUCAUUAGUGUCAGGAUGGUACGCAACACCCCAGCCCACGUGACGGGUUUACACAGAUGUUAAGUGCAGAGCAGACCACUUUCCAUGAAUGGGUUACAGAAGGGCCUUUGAAACUGAUAUUUUGUUCAUUUGAAGGUCAGUGAAAUCAGCUGCUUAACCUUCAAACAUGCUUAUCAUCCACCACAGGAAGUGAAACUAAAUGUUCGUCCAUGUAUGCAUGCAUGAAGUUGAAACCCUCUUGCUAAAUUAUAGGGUUACUUCUAUAAACCCCUGAUUUGUGAUUAGUAGUGGUUGACCGAUAUAUCGCCACCGGCCGAUAAGUUUUUCUGUUUGGCCGAUGUGUUCGAGGCGGGACACAGCGCUCACAUUCUCUCUCGUCAUUGUUUGUUGUCACAGUUUAACAGUUCUGUCUGAUCUAAUAGGUCCGUCUAAUAAUCAGAUAGAACUGUUAAACAAAACAAGCAUUCAGCAAAUACGCAUUUGUCGUUGACACAUUUCACCAAGUACAGCAUGAUCCUGGAUCAACAUCCCAAUCAACCAAUCAGAAUUGAGGGAUAUGCUUACAGGAAAUGUCAGUUUUAGGCUUACAGUCAGAGUUUCUUGUCACUC